UUAUAGCGGUGAGAUUUAAACGGUUGCCAUAGCGAUGCGCGGUGCAGCCCGUCGCGCGCUCUGACCCGAGCGGUGCCGCCGAUCCCGGGUCCGAGUGCUCAGGGAUGAUCCGCGUGCAGGGUGGCCGUGCAGGGUGACGCGCAGGAUGCCUGGUCUGGAACUCUUGCUGAUUGUAGCCGUGUGUCUGGUUCCUGUGGAGGAGUGCAGGAGUUACAGCGCAGCGCGGGAGAAACGCUGGACCGGAGCUGAGACCGAGAAGCGAGGAGUCCCUUUGGCGAAGAAGCCUCCAGAUGUGACCAAAUCCAGGAAGGUGAAAACAGAGCAGCUACUCAGAGUGGAUGAUCAUGACUUCACCAUGAGACCAGCAUUCGGAGGUCCCGCGAUUCCUGUGGGCGUCGACGUCCAGGUCGAAAGCUUGGACAGUAUUUCAGAAGUAGAUAUGGACUUCACCAUGACCAUAUACCUUAGACACUACUGGAAGGACGAGCGCCUGUCCUUUACCAGCACCACGAACAAAAGCAUGACUUUCGACGGACGCUUGGUGAAAAAGAUCUGGGUCCCAGAUGUGUUUUUUGUACACUCAAAGAGAUCCUUCAUCCACGACACCACCACUGAGAACAUCAUGCUGAGGGUUUUCCCUGACGGCCAUGUUCUCUACAGUCUGAGAGUAACGGUUACAGCCGCCUGCAACAUGGACUUCAGCCGCUUUCCUCUAGAUUCGCAAACCUGUUCUCUAGAGCUCGAGAGCUAUGCUUACACAGAUGAAGAUCUGAUGCUGUACUGGAAGAGCGGGGACGAGUCUCUAAGCACAGACGACAGGAUCUCACUGUCUCAGUUCCUCAUCCAGAAGUUUCACACUACCUCUCGUCUGGCUUUCUACAGCAGCACAGGCUGGUACAACCGGCUGUACAUCAACUUCACACUGCGGCGUCACAUCUUCUUCUUCCUGCUGCAGACGUACUUUCCAGCCACGCUCAUGGUCAUGCUGUCCUGGGUGUCCUUCUGGAUCGAUCGCAGAGCCGUACCAGCCCGAGUCUCCCUGGGUAUCACUACAGUGCUCACUAUGUCCACCAUCAUCACCGGCGUGAACGCGUCCAUGCCUCGUGUGUCGUACAUCAAAGCUGUGGACAUUUAUCUAUGGGUCAGCUUUGUGUUUGUUUUCCUCUCGGUGCUUGAGUACGCCGCAGUCAAUUACCUUUCCACCGUACAGGACAGGAGGGAGCGCAAGCUCAGAGAGCGACUCAGAGCACAGUCGUUGUCCUGCUCUUGUGGCUUGUCCCACACCAGGACCAUGAUGCUGGACGGGACGUGCAGCGAGGCGGACGCUAACAGCCUGGCCGGAUACACCGAUGCCCCCAUGAUGCCGCAGGAGGUGGAGAAACGUGAGCACAUGGUGGUGCACCUGUCGGUCAGUAACGCCUCUACGGCUACCAAGAAGAAAGGCCUGCGCAACUUCAGCAUAAUCCAGAACACACACGUCAUCGACAAGUACUCACGCAUGAUCUUUCCAGGAUCCUACAUCUUUUUCAACCUCAUAUACUGGUCUGUUUAUUGCUGAUGUCUGGGACAUGAAGACUCCAUGACCACAUCUGGACUAUUUUUGUGUUGACGUUUCAGACGGACAACUUCCCCUUGUCAGGUUUCACUAUAAAAAUGUAAACAAAUUAUAUGUCGAAUUUAAACGGGAAAGAUGUCAUAUUUAUUUAUUUAUUUAUUUAUUUAUUGUCUCUUUCCGAUUUCCUGUAUUUUUCUCCAGCUCCAUUGUACUUUAGGUGCAGAACCAAGAUUCUAAGGGGUGGAGCUAGACACCUGCUCCAACUCCUCCUACAGGCCAAAUAACUUUCCCCAUAAUAUUUUUCCCAGCAUCGUUAGAUUUCACAUAGUAACUGAUUUACGUCAAUACUAUGGCACGCUCACGCUACAUCAUACUGCCAGGAGCUACUGGGACAGUUCCCUGUUAGACCACCAGUAGGCGCUGGAAGGCGUUUUCACCAUAGCCUGCGUUUUUGUUUGUUUAUUC